GCCCCGCGCACCGCCCAAGUUCCGCGGAGUUGGCGAGGUGGGUGCCCUCGGUCCCGCGCUGCGCGCUCCCUUCCGCGUUCCACCGUCUGCCCCGCCUGGUAACUCGGCCCUUCUCCGGGGCCGCUAGCCAUGGCCGGAGCGUCCUGGAAGCAAUGCUGACGGCGGCUGGCGAAGUGCGCCAUGCCCAGCAGGACGGACCCCAAGAUGGACCGGAGCGGCGGCCGCGUCCGUCUGAAGGCUCACUACGGCGGGGACAUCCUGAUUACCAGCGUGGAUGCCAUGACAACAUUCAAGGACCUCUGUGAGGAAGUGCGAGACAUGUGUGGCCUGCACCAGCAGCACCCACUCACCCUCAAGUGGGUGGACAAUGAAGGUGACCCUUGUACCGUGUCCUCACAGAUGGAGCUGGAGGAGGCCUUCCGCCUGGCCUGUCAGGGCAGGGAUGAAGUGCUCAUCAUCCAUGUUUUCCCAAGCAUCCCAGAGCAACCGGGCAUGCCUUGUCCUGGAGAAGACAAAUCCAUCUACCGCCGUGGAGCCAGAAGAUGGAGGAAGCUGUACCGAGCCAACGGCCACCUCUUCCAAGCCAAGCGCUUUAACAGGAGAGCGUACUGUGGCCAGUGCAGCGAAAGGAUAUGGAGUCUCUCAAGGCAGGGCUACAGGUGCAUCAACUGCAAGCUGCUGGUCCAUAAACGCUGCCACGUCCUCGUCCCGCUGACCUGCAGGAGGCAUAUGGAUUCUGUCAUGCCUUCCCAAGAGCCUCCAGUAGAUGACAAGAACGAUGGUGUAGACCUUCCUUCAGAAGAAACUGAUGGAAUUGCUUAUAUUUCUUCAUCUCGGAAACAUGACAAUAUCAAAGAUGAUUCUGAGGACCUUAAGCCUGUCAUCGAUGGGGUGGAUGGGAUCAAAAUCUCUCAGGGGCUGGGGCUGCAAGACUUCGACCUCAUCAGAGUCAUCGGGCGUGGAAGCUAUGCCAAGGUCCUCCUGGUGAGGCUGAAGAAAAACGACCAGAUUUAUGCCAUGAAGGUGGUAAAGAAGGAGCUUGUCCAUGACGAUGAGGAUAUCGACUGGGUGCAGACAGAGAAGCACGUGUUCGAGCAGGCGUCUAGCAACCCCUUCCUGGUUGGCUUACACUCCUGCUUCCAGACAACGAGCCGGUUGUUCCUGGUCAUAGAGUAUGUCAACGGGGGAGAUCUCAUGUUUCACAUGCAGAGACAGAGGAAGCUUCCAGAGGAACAUGCCAGGUUCUAUGCUGCUGAGAUCUGUAUCGCUCUCAACUUCCUGCACGAGAGGGGGAUCAUCUACCGGGACCUAAAACUGGACAACGUCCUCCUUGAUGCCGAUGGACACAUUAAGCUGACAGACUACGGCAUGUGCAAGGAAGGCCUAGGCCCUGGUGAUACAACAAGUACUUUUUGUGGAACCCCGAACUAUAUCGCCCCCGAGAUCCUGCGAGGAGAAGAGUACGGGUUCAGCGUGGACUGGUGGGCACUGGGUGUACUUAUGUUUGAGAUGAUGGCUGGGCGCUCCCCCUUUGACAUCAUCACGGACAACCCUGACAUGAACACUGAAGACUACCUUUUCCAAGUUAUCCUGGAAAAGCCAAUUCGGAUUCCCCGUUUCCUGUCUGUCAAGGCCUCACAUGUCUUGAAAGGAUUUUUAAAUAAGGAUCCCAAAGAGAGGCUUGGCUGCCGGCCACAGACUGGGUUUUCCGACAUCAAGUCCCACGCUUUCUUCCGCAGUAUAGACUGGGACCUGCUGGAAAAGAAGCAGACCCUGCCUCCCUUCCAGCCCCAGAUCACAGAUGACUAUGGCCUGGACAAC